GCGCGCAUGCGCAGAACAGCAGCGGAGUUCAUGAUGGCGUCGAGCGCAGCAACUCGCACCGGCGCCGCUGCCGCUAAAGUCGUCAAACCGAUUUUCAGCCGCGACCUGAAUGAAGCCAAGCGGAGGGUUCGGGAGCUCUACCGGGCCUGGUACCGAGAGGUGCCGAACGCAGUUCACAUGUAUCAGCUGGACAUCACUGCGCGGCAGGGACACGAGAAGCUGCGGGAAAUGUUCGACAAGAACAGACACGUGACGGAUCCGCGCGUCAUCGACAUGCUGGUCAUCAAGGGGAAGAUGGAGCUGCAGGAGACCAUAAACGUCUGGAAGCAGAAGACUCACGUCAUGCGCUUCUUCCACGAGACCGAAGCCCAGCGUCCGGCUGACUUCCUGUCCAAAUUCUACCACGGACAUGACCCUUGACCCCCGACCUUUGACCCCUGUGAAGUGUGUUGUGUUUUUCUGUUUCUGGACUGUAAAUAUACACAGUAUAUAUGCUGAAACUCUCUCCUGUUGUUAUUUCAGACGUCAGUGAACAGAAGCGUCUCUGUCUGUUCUUCAGUCCACAAACUGACGGAUCGAUAUGAAAUGUUUGUGUAAUUAAACGCUACUAUUCUAAAUGAA